AUGUCUGGACUUGAGAUUCCAGCUUUUAUUAUCGGCCUUGGAGGCCUGAUCUCUGUUUUUGAAAAGGGGUUUGAAGUAUGGCGCGUUAUUCGAAGAGCCGAUGAUUUUGGGGAUGAUGUUGCGGACUGGAUGUGCAAGUUGGAGAUGGAGUUCUUUCGCUUUCAGACGUGGUGGACUGCUUUGGAACAUCUUACAAUCACGAAAAAAUCGUCGCAUUCUGUCCUCAAUGUGCCGCUUCAAUCUUCGCCUUUGCAGGUCACACUGGAUAAGCAGUUCGGCAAACCGAUAAUCGACGCUGCGACAAGCGUCUUGAGGCUACUUGAGAAGAUUGAGGGGAUUCUCCAACGAAACGGCGUCUUGGUGGUUAUGCAAGCAGAACCAGUCGUGACAGACCAAGGCGCAGAUCUUGAAGAAGCUACUGCGAAAUCGAAACAACGACUCAAGCGGUUCGCUAGUGAUCUUUUGAAGCAUACACCAUGGACAACUCGGAUCAAACACAGCACAAGCCCAUGGAAAGAAGACUCUGACAAAACAGCACUCGAUGAUUCACUAGAGUCCAUUAUUUACUGGAACAACACUCUCUACAGUAUAAUACCCCAGAAUAUUCGGGACAGUAUCCUCGAGCUUGGGAUUGCCGGCUACGCUUUGGACUCGCCAGAAAACACCAAAGACAUCGUCAACUUGUCCAAUGAUCGCAACGGAACAUUGAGCCAAAGCGCUAAGCUAAUGUCGAUACGACAGCGCUUCAAAGAUGGCGUGGUCUUGAGUGCUGACAUGGAUGCUAUCCUCCAGCAAAUGGAGCUCAAAGAAGCUGCAUUCGAGGGUCUUGUCGCAGCGGAUAUCUUCAAGGGAUGCCAAUACACUAUCUCUCAGUACACAUCGGAAAACGGCCAGAUUUCUCGAGUCAUGAUUGAAUGGAUCCCCAUACCAAGAGAUUUUGAUGCUUAUAAGCUGGCUCACUCUCGGGUGGCACGGAUCUUGUACACGUUACAGGAGAUCGGAACAUUCCCAGCAAUACAGUCUCUGCCAGCUCUUGGAUUCGUUGAGUUCGGGGGCGCAAGAUCUUUUGGUAUUGUUUCAACUUUGCCUCGCAGUCUUAGAUCCUCUACAAAAGUCUAUACACUUUACGAUAUGUUAUCGGGAGGUCAGAAGUCGGCGGCGGCGGCGGGUAGCAAAUCAGCUUCGCGAGUGCAGCAUGCGCUUCCCAGUCUCAACCAGCGCCUCCAGCUUGCGUCAAAACUUGUGAUGGGGUUCUACACCUUUCUCUUGACUCGAUGGCAUCACGAGCGGUUCAAUUCUCUGCAUAUCGCAUUCCUGAUAGAUGAGACGGACACAAAGUCAAGGGCACUUGAUCUCAGUCAACCUAUCAUUGGAGGCUUCGCAAUCUCUCGACCAGAUUCACCCACUGAGCUAUCUAUCUCAGCGUCAGUUGAAGACACCGAAAUUGUUUACCUUCACCCCGACAUACGUAAGCGUCUCAAAUCUGGAGCCAAACAGACUGGCAACGAACAGCGCUUUCAGCGCGUCCAUGACAUUUACGCUGUUGGACUAUUACUAGCUGAGAUUGGCUAUUGGCGACCCAUCGCAAAGGUCGCUGAGUCUGGAGCAAAAGGCUCAAAAGCAGACUCCAUAUCACCCGAGCAGUUUAAGGAAGCCGUUAUCAAGAAGUGUAAAUCAGACCUGGCCUUUUUUGCCGGCGAGACUUACAGGGAUAUCACGCUGCGAUGCUUACUGGCUGGUGAGUCCGGCGGGGUUCAGGCAGAAAAUGAUGCAGCUGGUUUAAACAAUCUGUAUUGGGAUGUUGGAAUCAAUCUGAUGACAAGUUAG